UGGGGUGUGUACAUUAAUGAGGAAAAAAAUCAACUUAAAUGAUUUUAGCAGAGUUACUUUCUCAAUAUGGCAUCGCUGUCGUACUGCCAUGGAAGGCAAGUUCUGCUUUGCAGAUUUUGCAUUGCACAUUCUUCUCUUUUAUUUUGGUAAACUUUCAAGCUCCGUUGUCGGCUAGCCACGUUACUGUUUUUACAAAUUACAAAUUUGAUAAUUGGCGUAAUCAUGACUAGUCAACUAGUCUUGGCAGCCCUACUACUGACUGUCUUCCAAACAUCAGCCAGACCAAUCAGCCUUCAGUCCCGAUAGCAACCAUUUUAAAACACACCAGACCUUUUAAAAAUGAAUUUUAAGAAGGAUUUUCAUUGUCAAAUGUCUCAGUUGAUUCACUUGAAAACAGUUAAGUUCACUGUUCAGAGUCUUGAAAAUCAAACUCCAUGUCCCAAAAUACAUCUUGCCUAAUUCAGCAAGUCAUGUCACAUGUUCACUUCUCAUCUUGCUCUUGUGUUGGCACCUCCUCUUAAAGCCACACACACACACACACGUUUCAUCCGGUCCAUUUAUUACAUUCUCUAUGAUUGUGCAGAGAUCAUGCAGAGUUUGUGGGAAGUGGAUUUGUCAUCAGAAUUAAUUCUGAUUUGUCAUCAGAAUUACAGCAGAAAUGUCAGUUAUAAACUCUGCCAUUUUAAAUGCCUCCGCCUCCUCUUGAAACCUGAGUCACAGUGGAACUUCCUGUUCUUUGUGUUCUGCUCGCUUCGAAGCUGUUGUUAUUAUGAGGAGAAAUGGCUCAGGGAGGAAAUCAGGUUGACCGAGAAAGAUUCUGCUGCUCGAUCUGUUUGGAUCUACUGAAGGAUCCGGUGACUGUUCUCUGUGGACACAGCUUCUGUAUGAACUGUAUUAAAAGCCACUGGGAUGGUGAGGGUGAGAAGAUGAUCUACAGCUGUCCUCUGUGUAGAGAGACAUUCAGACCGAGACCUAAACUGAUGAAAAGCACCAUGUUAGCAGAUUUAGUGGAGGAGCUAAAGAAGACUGAAGUCCAUGAUGCUUCUGCUGAUCACUGCUCUGCUGGAGCUGAAGAUGUGGCCUGUGACGUCUGCACUGACAGGAAACUGAAAGCUCUGAAGUCCUGUUUGGUUUGUUUGGUCUCUUACUGUGAGGAACAUCUCCAGCCUCAUUAUCAAUCACCUGCAUUUAAGAAACACAAGCUGGUGGAGCCCUCCAAGGACCUCCAGGAUAACAUCUGCCCUCGUCACAAUAUGGUGAUGGGCAUGUUCUGUCGCACUGAUCAGCAGUGUAUCUGUCGUCUCUGCUCUGUGGAAGAACAUAAAGACCACAACACAGUCUUGGCUGCAGUAGAGAGGAUGCAGAAGCAGAGAGAGCUGGAGCUGAGUCUCCAGAGACUGCGGGACAGCAAGAGCAUGCAGAUGCUUACAAAGGAGCUGAGGGCUAUUGAUCUCUCUGCUGAUAAAGCAGUGAAGGACAGUGAGAAGAUCAUCAGUGAGCUGAUCCGACUCCUGCAGGAAAGAAAAUCUGAGGUGAAUCAGCAGAUCAGAUUCCAGCAGAAAACUGAAGUGAGUCGAGUCAGAGUUCUUCAGAUGAAGCUGCAGCAGGAGAUCACUGUGCUGAAUUGGAGAGAAGCUGAACUGAAGCCGCUUCUGAACUCAGAGGAUCACACCCAGUUUCUCCUCACCUACCUCUCAGUGCCAGCACUCAGUCCAUCUACAUACUGGUCCAGCAUUCACAUCCAACCUCGGAGAUACUUUGAGGAGGUGACGUCAGCUGUGGCAAAGGUCAGAGAUCAAGUACAGCACGUUCUGACUGAGACACAGAGCGAUGUCCCAAGGACAGAGACUAAAGUGGAUGUUUCACUAUCACAGCCACAGCCAGAGACCAAAGAAGACUUCCUCAGAUAUUCACAGGCAAUCACACUGGAUCCAAACACAGCAAACACUUGUCUGGUGUUAUCUGAGGGAAACCGAACUGUAGCAGCAGUGUGGGAAGCUCAGCCUUAUCGUCAUCACCGACACAGAUUCACUCAUUUGUGUCAGGUGCUGAGUAGAGAGAGCAUGACUGGGCGUUGUUACUGGGAGGUUAAGUGGACAGGAAGAGGACUUUGUGUAGCACUGACGUACAAAAACAUCGGCAGAUCAGGGAGAUCGGGAGAAUUCGUGUUGGGAAACAAUGACAACUCUUGGGCUUUGGAUUGUUCUAACAACUGUUGUGAGUUUUUUCACAAGGGCAUCAAGACCAAAGUGUCAAGUGGUUUGUCCUGCAAAAUAGGAGUUUACCUGGACCACAGUGCAGGUAUUCUGUGCUUCUACAGAGUCUCUGACACCAUGACUCUCCUCCACAGAGUCCACACCACAUUCACUCUGCCUCUCCAUGCUGGAGUUAGGCUUAAUUUUCCCGGAACCGUAGCUGAGUUCUGUUAACUCGAAUUGAGUUGUUUAUGGAGCAGUCAGAAAAAUAAACUGAGGAAAAACAUAUACUGUAUAGUAGCAUAGUUUUAACACUGUGCUUGGUUGAAACAACCAAACGUUAAACGCACAGAUGAACGGACUUUUCUCAUGAAAACACAAACUGCUCUGUUGAAUAUUUGUUUUGACGUGUUUCAAGCGUCGUCGUUUUCCUAUAAUCAGGUUUUAGCGUGUUUUUUUGUUCUGAAAGAGCCGAUGUUUUGUACAUUCAUGAUCCGCUGAUGUUUUUAUGAAAUUGUAAUGACCGUAGUUGUAGUGAUCGUCGUCAAUGAGGUCUCUGUUUUUUUCUGUUUAUCUGAAGUGAAUCUGAAGAACAAGAGUCCCUGAACAGACUUUUUCAAUCAAUCAAUAUGAGGGAACAAAUUGAAGCUUGAAAUAAAUAAGGUGAAUAAACAUA